UCAAUCAUUUCGAUUAAUCGUUUUGAAUCGACACGCUUGUUGACAUAAGAUAAAGAGGUUCGGUGAAUUUUCUGAGAUGACAGUUUGACAGCGCGAUGUACAUAAAUAACUUUUACAUAUUUUAACGGUGUUUUUAAUUUAUUGUUUUUAAGAUUUAUUUGAAUAAUGGAAGCUAAAACGAAGAGCGAGCAUUUACUGGCAUUGAAAGUGAUGAGAUUAACACGACCUACUCUGGCAAGUCCUAUGGUUGUUACAUGCGAUUCAACAGACUUGCCAGGUAAUACACUAAACAAUGAACUCAAGAGCGAUUGUACAGCAUUGCAAGGCAUGGAAACGCUCGCUAUAGGGCAAUUUAUGGUGUUACCUCAAAGUUUUGGGAAUAUAUACUUAGGAGAGAUAUUUUCCAGCUAUCUAUGUGUACAUAAUGGCAGUAAUCAAAUGGUAAAAAAUGUUAACGUAAAAGCAGAUUUACAAACAAGCACACAGACAAUUUCCCUCUCUGGUAAUAAUUUAGAAGGAAAGGAAUUAGCACCUGAUAGUACAGUAGAUGAAGUUAUUCACCAUGAGGUUAAGGAAAUAGGUACACAUAUAUUAGUUUGUGAAGUGUCUUACACAAAUCAGCUUGGGCCUCCACUAUCGUUUAGAAAGUAUUUUAAAUUCCAGGUAGUUAAACCACUGGAUGUGAAGACGAAAUUUUAUAAUGCAGAGUCAGAUGAAGUAUAUCUUGAGGCACAAAUACAAAAUCUAACAGCUGGACCAAUUUGUUUAGAAAAAGUUGUUCUUGAAUCAUCUCAUUUAUUUAGUGUAACUACAUUGAAUACAAACGACAAAGAAGAAUCUAUUUAUGGAAGUGUGAAUCUACUAGAUACAAAUUGUAGCAGACAAUAUUUAUACUGUUUAAAACCACAGUUAAGCUUAUUGAAAGAUCCAAAAAUGAUGCAAAAUGCUACAAAUAUUGGCAAACUAGAUAUUGUGUGGAGAAGCAAUUUGGGAGAGAGGGGAAGAUUGCAAACGAGUCAGUUGCAAAGAAUGGCACCUGAAUAUGGAGAUCUGAGAGUCAUUAUGAAGGACAUACCGUUAAAAGUGUAUCUUGAAGAACCAGUUAAUUGCACAUGUCAUAUAAUAAAUACAUCAGAAAGAAGUAUGGAAUUGUUAUUGAGCUUAGAGUCGAAUGAUUCCAUAGCUUGGUGUGGAAUAUCCAAUACAAUGAUUGGCACUUUAAAACCCGGGGUUUCUAUGGAUAUACCUCUCUGUUUGAUUAUGUUGAGUACAGGCAUUAUUACUAUCUCUGGAUUGAAAUUGACAGAUACGUUUUUGAAAAGAGUAUAUGAUUACGAUGAUCUAGCGCAAAUUUUCGUUAAUCAAUUGGACUAAAAUGUAUAUAUGCAAUAGGAACACUUUUUUAUGGAUUUUAGAUGGCGUUUAUUAUUUAUAAAGAUAAUAAAUAUAAUCAUAUUAAGAUUAUAUAAAAUAUUUCAUGAAUUAAUACAUCAUUUGCACUUAAAUAUAACAUAUUUAAAUACAAAUAUUAGCUUAGUUUGUAAAAAGAUCUUUAUUUAAUUGUUCUAACAGAUAUAGUUUUGAAAUCUAGUAUCUUUGUAUAAAAAUUGUAUAUUGAAUGCUGGGCAAUCUCUAAACUUUCUGAUUUUGUUCAAAUUUUAUCAUAACAGUUAUAUAAGAACAAAUGUAAUAUUGAUGUAUACUAGAAUUAGAAGUGCUCAUAAAUAUUCAUCCAAUGUUG